CGUGGAGCGGCCGGCGCUGCGCAGGCGCGGGUGCGGGCGGCAGGGAUGUGGAGGCGGCGGUUUCUCGGUCUCGGCGGUCGGUGGGUGAAGAACGGUCUCUGCUCCUUCAAUGGCCGCAGCAACAGCAGCAGUGACUCCAGGCUGAGCGUCAGCCUGGCGCUGUCAGGAGCGGAGAGGCCGGGGGAGCCAGAGGUGGUCCGGAUCCAGGGAUGGAUACGGUCUGUACGUGCACAGAAGGAAUUUACGUUUUUGCAUAUUAAUGAUGGAAGUUCACUGCAAAGUCUACAAGUACUUGCACGUCCACAUGUAGAUGUCAGCAAUAUAACCUUUGGCAGUGCAGUUGAAAUUUGGGGCAAACUGGUACAGAGUCCACACAAGAAGCAGAAUACAGAACUGAUAGCAGAUGAAGUCAGAUUGAUUGGAUCAUGUAAUCCUGUGGAUUUCCCGUUCAAGAUCAAGAAAAGACAUUCAUUUGAAUACAUAAGACAAUUUCCUCAUCUUCGCUGCAAAACAAAUAUUUUCAGUUCACUACUCAGAAUACGAAGUGGGGCAUCUGCAGCUACUCAUUCAUUUUUCAUGAAUAAUGGAUUUGUUCACAUACAUACACCUACAAUAACAUCAAAUGAUUGCGAAGGUGCUGGAGAGCUCUUCCAAGUUGAACCUGCAAGCAAAACUGCUGAAAAGUGUCAUACCCAUUUUUUUGAUGUUCCUUCCUUCUUAACCGUUUCUGGGCAACUGCAUUUGGAAGUAAUGACAGGGGCAUUCACGCAAGUAUAUACCUUUGGCCCAGCAUUUCGAGCGGAAAAUUCCCAAACCAGACGACAUUUAGCAGAGUUUUAUAUGAUAGAAGCAGAACUUGCCUUUACCGAAAACCUGAAAGACAUCAUGGAGGUGAUGGAGCAACUCUUCAAGACUAUAACAUUUGACAUUCUUUCCAAAUAUCCAGAAGAUGUUCAACUCUUCCACAAAGAUGUUGCGCCAGGACAAGAGGAGAGAGUAGAACGGAUGCUCAAAAAUCCAUUUCAAGUGCUUUCCUAUACUGAAGCAAUUGACAUUUUGCAAAGAAGUACGGAAUCCUUCAAGUUUGAACCCAAGUGGGGCAAUGACCUACAGACUGAGCAUGAAAAGUAUCUGGUGCAGCACUGUGGCGAUAUCCCUGUGUUUGUAAUGAAUUAUCCUUAUGACAUCAAGCCUUUUUAUGCCAGAGAUAAUCAGGAUGGACCUCAACAUACAGUGGCAGCAGUGGAUCUUCUAGUGCCUGGAAUAGGAGAACUAUGUGGUGGUAGUUUAAGGGAAGAGCGACUUGAUCUGCUGCGAUCCCGUCUAAAGCAGCAUGGUAUUCCAGACUCGUAUCAAUGGUAUGAGGAAGUUCAUCAGUUUGGAUCAGUGCCACACGGAGGAUUUGGAAUGGGAUUUGAGCGUUAUUUGCAGUGUGUCUUGGGUAUUGAGAACAUUAAAGAUGUUAUUCCAUUUCCAAGAUUUUCUCACUCUUGCAUUCUAUAGUAAUUUUGUAUAGGGAUUAAUGAUAUUUUUUCAAAAAGUUUUCAUUUAAAUAAUAGAUUUCAGAUUUGCUAACUAGUAUGUUUUCGACUGUACAGUAUAUUAACUGAAAUAUUAUGUAUUUAUGUUUGCAUUCAAUACCGAGGAAUGUGAGUAAUCUUGUAAUCAAGCAUCAAAAUAAAAAGCAUAUAAAUAAAAUGGAAGUAAAAAAUCAAAA